AUGGCUUCAUCUUCAAACAACAAUAGCCAAACACGUCCAGUUCAAAGAGUUGAAGAAAGCAGCACAACUACGAUUAAAGUUAACGUCGUUAAUACAAUAUAUAUUCAACAACCACAGCAAGCUCAGCCUAAUUAUAUUCCACCACCUCCUCAAACUCCUGUUUACGUCGUUUCACCACAGCAACCUGUUUAUGGAGCACCCCCUCAACAACCCGUUUAUGCAGUACCUCCACAACAGCCAGUAUAUGCAGCACCUCCGCCUGUUUAUGGAGCUCUUCAACAACAACCUGUUUAUGCAGCACCCCCACCUAUUUAUGGAGCUCCUCCUCAACAACCGGCAGCUUAUAUAGCUCCAGCACCAACUCCAUCAUAUAAGGCCCCAGAUUCAAAAGAUAACUAUUACAAUCCAUUCAACUAA